AUGGGCGUUUCGGUAGAAUUCCUUACGCAAGUCCAGCAAUAUGAAGAGCUUUUCACAAAUGUACCAGGCACUUUCGCCAACGAAUCGUAUACGUCUCGACUGCCUGGUUUGGUGCGUGACUGUGUGGCCAACAACCGUGAGCGGUUCACCGAAGAGCAAAGCAAGCGUUUGCUACAAUUAGCCGAUGACAUGGUGAACGACGCUGUGAUCUCGCUUCCAUCGGAAUAUCCUGAACAGUUUACCAAGUCCCCAACGAGUGUGCAAUGGGAGGCGUUGUUGAAAGGAAAAGGCUAUACGUGGCAGAACUCUCCUUGGUUCCUGAGUGAGCAGUACAUGUUCCACCUGGUCUUACUGCUGGCCGAGUACUACACGACGGGUAUUGAUCCAUUCCAUGCGUCUAAGAUGAUGGAGCUGAGGGAGGUCACUCCGUGGGCAUUACUGCAGACGGCAGUGGGUGUGUCAGCUCAAGAAAAGGCUAGCUUACAAAGUCGCCACGACCUACUGAAGCGUAUUAUGAAAUUGUGUCUAUGGGGCAACAAAGCUGAUGGGUGUUACAAGGAGGUAAAGGACACCAUCACUGGUGCUAAUGCAUCGUUAGAGUAUGAAAACGACCUACUACUGGUGGAUCAUAGUGACAAGGUCAUCACGUAUCUAGAGCGGAAGGCACGGGAAACUGGAGAUGCGAAGUGCCUUGACGUACAGUACAUUAAUGACAAUAGCGGCACAGAGCUUUUGCUUGACUUGGCCCUGGCUGAUCACUUGCUAGCGCGUGGCUGGUGCGGUAAGGUGACGCUAAACGUGAAGGCUGAACCUAUGUACGUGUCAGAUGCGACGCCUGCUGAUGUUCAUGAACACAUUGCUGAAAUGCAGCAGGAGACGCGUACACCUGAAGUUCAGGCUUUGGGUAAGCGUUUGGCAAGAUACAUCCAAAAAGACGAGCUCGUGAUCCGCCAAGAUAUCUUCUGGAACCAAUACUCUUACUUUUGGGAGAUGCCUCUGGAGCUGCAGACUCACUUGGCCCGUGAGGCGACGCUUGUGAUCAUCAAGGGAGAUCUUAACUACCGUCGCCUACUAGGAGACCGCCUGUGGCCGCCGUCAACGCCCGUGGAAGAGGCUGUUCCAUAUUUUCCGACUUCAUUCGUAUCGUUCCGCACGCUGAAGUCAAAUCCCGUGGUGGGCAUUCCUCCGGACGUCGUGGCAAAGCUAGAGAAGGAGGAUCCAAAGUGGCGGUACAAUGGAAAACGCGGCACGAUCCAAAGUGUACUGCAUUCGGAUUUUGAAGCAAAGUAG